GCGGGAUCGUAAAAAGCGUCCUGUGUUCGGGUCAAUCUCCAGUACAAGACUCACGCAUUAAUUCAAGGAUGACUGUAAACCCCGGCGGACGGAGGCUGAGACAGUGGUUGAUUGAGCAGAUCCAAAGCAAUCUAUAUCCCGGUCUGUUAUGGGAGGAUGAGGAGCGCACGAUGUUUCGAAUCCCCUGGAAACAUGCAGGGAAACAGGACUACAACCAAGAAAUCGACGCUUCUAUCUUCAAAGCCUGGGCUGUGUUUAAGGGAAAAUUUAAAGAGGGGGACAAGGCAGAGCCUGCCACUUGGAAAACCAGGCUACGCUGUGCUUUGAACAAGAGUCCUGACUUUGAAGAAGUGACCGAUAGGUCCCAGCUGGACAUAUCAGAACCUUACAAGGUGUACAGGAUUGUUCCAGAGGAGGAGCAGAAGACAGGCAAAAGCACAGGCAUUAAUGGUAGCAGCCCCAGUGAUGUCACAGAUAUGGAGUGCAGCUCAGCAGAGCUGGAGGAACUAAUAAAGGAGUCUUCAAAUGAGAGGAGCCACUCACCGCUACAGGACCCAUGCAGGACUCAGCCCACUCAGGAAUGGUGGUCACACGGUAGUCUCAACUCUGUGCUUAUAAAUCAAGAUCCCUCUCCCACCACCAGUUUCAAUUCAGCCUUCUCACAGAUGAUGAUUUCCUUCUUCUAUGGUGGGAAGAUGGUGGGAAACACCCUGGCCGCUCAUGCUGAGGGCUGCCGCAUCUCCCUCUUCCAGCCGCCUGUGGUCAACGAAAUGCUGUACGGGCCUGACAGCCUCCAGAACAUCCGCUUCCCCCCGGUGGAGUUGAUCGAGCAUGAGCGCCAGCGCCACGUCACCAGAAAACUAUUUGGACACCUGGAGCGUGGGGUCCUCGUCCGCGCCAACCGCGAGGGAAUUUUCAUCAAGAGGUUGUGCCAGAGUCGGGUCUUCUGGAGUGGACUGUGCACACAAUACAGCCCAGGGCCCAGCAAGCUGGAGAGGGAUGCUGUUGUCAAGAUCUUUGACACCAGCAGAUUUUUACAUGCUCUGCAGUUAUAUCAGGAGGGCCAGUACCCUGCUCCUGACCCUACUGUCACACUCUGUUUUGGAGAAGAGUUUCAUGAUAUCAACACUGCGAAGAACAAACUAAUAAUUGUUCAGAUAACACCAGUGAAUUGCCAGCAACUCCUGGAUGCAGUCAAUGCCAGAAGAUCUCAGUACAGCAGUGGGAACCUGGAAAUUUCUGACGAGACACAGAAUGACCAGAUGGCACGCAUCUUCCAAGACUUGUGCAGCUACAAUGCUCCUCAGCGUUCCUGCUUCCGGGAGAAUUUGCCCAUAACCGUCUGACCAAACUACCCUAAGAUGCUAAUUGAGCAUGUGGUUGAAUGGGUGUUACAAGCCUUAUACAUCACAUCGCAUUUUAUUGGUUUAGUGAGGCAGAGUCUGAACUGUAUUUUCUGCCUGCCACUCUAGUAACAGGUGCAGCUCAUCUAUAGACAAGUGUAUUUCACAUGCUUAGAGGUGUGUGUAGGUGUGUAGGUAAAAUUGAAGUGGUAGCAUUUGACAGUUGAAAAAUUUGCCAUUUUUUUCUAGGUUUACUGGUGUUCAUUGGUACAGUGAUGCACCAGAUAUUUAGAAUACCAUUUCCUUCCUGUUGGCUUAUUGAAACUGUUUAAUUACAGCAAAGAUAGGUUUUACUAUCUAUGAGUGAGUGUGACGACUUCUUAAAAUUUUGUUAU